AUGGGCGGCAAGGCGUUCAGCGCAACCCUUCCUGCCACGUCGUUCCCAAGGAUCCCACCAGCCAUCUAUUAUCGCCACCUCAAACCACGCACAACCCCCAAAAUCAAGACAUUGUACUCUAUUGUGUCGACCCCUGCUGAAGCUCCCCUGAAAGCGUCCCACGGAGAUUUGGACCUUCUUGUCUGUGAGCCACUCAACAGCGCUGAGGUUUCACCGGCAGAAGUACAAACACUUCUUGGUGCCAGGUUCAUGGUUCCUGAACCUGGCAAUCGGACGUCGAGCUACGCAGUCCUAAUUGAGCCUGGUGAAUGGAGAGCACUUGGUCACGAUGCAGAAGAGAACGCAGCUCGAUUGGCAGCCGAAGCAGCAGGGCAACCCGAAAUAUACUAUCAAGUUGACGUCCAUGUCUGCGCCGAUAAAGCGGAAUGGGAGAGGAUCCACUUCUUCCAUGGCAAUGGCGACACUGGCAUGAUUCUGGGACUUCUAGCGCGCAACAAUGGCCUUACGCUCGGAACGAAAGGCCUGAAGGCACGAUGCUCAACUUCUUCAAAUCUCAGCGAAUCGAUGGACGAGAUCAUGGAGUACAUGGGCCUAUCGAUGGAACGUUGCAGGGCCGGGUUUUCGACCACCCUUGAAAUUUUCGAAUGGCUGGGAUCGUCCAGCUUCUUCAACCCGUUGACUUUCAGAUCGCAAGGUCGAGGUAUAAAAAAGGUCAAGUCGGACCGUACCAUGUACGCAGAGUUCACUGAGUGGGCCGGGAACCAAGAGCCAAAAGUUGGUGGCGCAAUGAGCAGAGAAGCUCGUAUCCAGCAUGCACUUGUGAGAUUUGGGAAGAAGGGCGAGUACGACCGACUUCUCAAGGAAGACGCAGACCGCGCCCUCCUGAAGAAUUCUUUCAACGGACAUAAAGUUCAAGAAUGGACAGGAAUCAAAGCUUGGUCCAGCCUGCACACGAUGAUGGAAGCUGUUCGAACUGAGCUCGGUGGCAAUGAGGGGAUAGUUGCACUGUUGAACGUAGAAGGUGAAGACGGCAUACGAGAGGUCGUCUUACGGGCGAAGGAAAGGCUAUUAGGUGUCACGGAGGGGUAG